GCCUGCUGGUGAUUCAUCAGCUGCUCCGUGUUCGCUGGAGGAGAAGCCGCUGCUGGAUGCUGAUGUCGGGCCGCCUCGCCUUCUGAGCGUCCGCCUGUAAUUCCCGAUGGAGCACCGGCACGGAGACACCGAGAAGCGGCGCCUCGGAACCGGAGAGCAACAGGCCAGCAGCUAGAUCCGGUUCGGAGGAAGAGCGGAGCCAGGCGGCAUGUUCUGAUCGUGUGAGACCGGAGAGCAGCUGCGGCUGGCGGGAUGAAGGCUCCGAGGAGACCGAGGCAGACGCCGCUCCUUCCCCGGUUCUGCGUCGGCGGCGUGGGUCUGCUCGCAGCUUUCUGGGUCUUUCGCCUCAGCGGGAUUACAGGCUCUCCUGGCAUGUUUUUAUCUAAAAGAGAGCUCAACCAGCAGGAAGAGGACAGCCAGAAUGGCACCGCUUCUAGAUCUGCUGUACAUGAGUUCCCAGAGGACAUCUUUACUCUGGGUCAGAGGAGACACGGAGCCGUCCUCCUGCAUGUUCUCUGUGCGAUCUACAUGUUUCAUGCUCUGGCCAUUGUGUGUGAUGUUUACUUUGUGCCGUCACUGGAAAAAGUUUCUGAGAACCUUCAGCUCAGUCAAGAUGUUGCCGGGGCAACCUUCAUGGCAGCUGGAAGCUCCGCCCCUGAACUCUUCACCUCUCUGAUUGGUGUGUUCAUCACAAAGGGAGACGUUGGUGUGGGGACUAUCGUUGGAUCAGCUGUUUUUAACAUCCUGGUCAUUAUUGGCCUCUGCGGCAUCUUCUCUGGACAGCCCAUCACUCUGAGCUGGUGGCCUCUGUUUCGUGACGCUGUUUUUUACAUCCUGUCCAUACUGGUGCUCAUUCUGGUAAUCUAUGAUGAAAGGGUCCUGUGGUGGGAGACCAUCAUCCUGAUCUCCAUGUACGGGAUCUAUAUAAUCAUCAUGAAGUUCAACAGACGCCUGUGUUGCCUGGUGGAGAGACACUGCAGCGUGGACGGUCAUCCGUGUCUGAGCAGUCUGCGGCGGACGACCGCCGUCGGAAACGUUGGAGACGGUGAAAACGACAUGGUGCCGCUGAAGCCAGACUCAUGUGUGGUGGCUGGUCAAGACUCGGCCGUGGUGACGGCGGAUGAUCUCCUGAACCUUCACUCUCAUCAGCUCACCUUUUCAGAGAGGCAGAGGCUGAUUCGGGCUCGGCUGAGCCCAGAGGAGGUCGCGGGUCUGGGCGAGGACGCUGGUGGAACCUGGGGGAGAGAAAACGGGGCGGCGGCUGAAGGAGAAAGGCCGCUGCACGAGGGAGAGAGGGACGGGGGUAAGGAGGCAGGGGAAGAGACAGCUGGGGGUGCACAGCUGAAAGAGGAGGAGGAGGAAGAGGAAGACCAGGAGGAGGGAGAAGAGAACUUUCCUUUCAAACCCUUCAUCGUGCCAAGCGGCUGGUGUGUUCGACUGCAGUGGCUGCUGUCCUGGCCUCUCAGUUUCCUGCUGCACUGCACCAUCCCCGACUGUAACCAGCCGCGAUGGGAGCGCUGGUACCUGUUCACCUUCCUUUGCUCCACUCUCUGGAUAGCCAUCUUCUCCUACCUCAUGGUCUGGAUGGUGACCAUAAUCAGCUACACGCUCGGGAUCCCAGAUGUCAUCAUGGGCAUCACCUUCCUUGCAGCUGGGACCAGCGUUCCUGACUGCAUGGCCAGCCUCAUUGUUGCCAGGCAAGGGAUGGGCGACAUGGCCGUGUCCAACUCUGUCGGGAGUAAUAUCUUUGAUGUGCUGCUUGGUCUGGGCUUCCCCUGGGCGCUGAGGACCCUCAUAGUCAGCUAUGGAUCAGUGGUGACAAUCAACAGUAAAGGCUUGGUGUACUCUGUUAUUCUGCUGCUGGCCUCGGUCACACUCACUGUCCUGUGUGUCCAUCUGAACCGCUGGAGAUUGGACCGCAGGCUGGGCCUCUGUCUCCUGCUGCUUUAUGCCAUCUUCCUUCUCUGCUCCGUCGGCUUUGAAAGGCUGUAGAGCGGGAACAAACAGAAACAAACAUGGACAGGCUUCCUUAAUGGUUUUCCUUCUUCAGUGACGCCGUCAAAUCUUCACAGACAUGCGUUUUAAUUUAAUAUCCACGUGGCUGUACAUGUUACCGAGACACCAGAUGUCUUUAAGUGAUGUUUACCUUUGAUAAAUGAGUAUUUUAAAUAAUUUUGUACUACAGAACCCCAGAAGAAAGGCACUUUGUGUCAUCAGAAAUUUCUAAAUUGUCAAAUGUAUAUUCUUGAACCUGAAAGUGAGUUCAGAAAUUUGUAUCUGUGAAACAUAACCUCAGAAAAAACGAUUGUUUAGGUUUAUAUAUUUACUUCCCGGUUUGUGCACUUUUAUCAUAUGUUAGUGUCACAAUUUUCAUCACAGUUCUUGGCUGAAAUCGACAUCAUGUUCCCAAUGUUUGCACUAAGUCACUGUUAUUCUCCCCAAAAAGCUUACCAAAACAAAAUGUCCAUUCCAAGAGUCUUUGAGAGGUUCCUGACGUUUGAGUGCAAUAAUUGUUCUGCACAGACGCUCCUUUGUGCCUGAAAAUGUAUCACCUUUCUUUUAAUCUCUUGCACUUCAGUCCAAACAUUUGAACAGAAAUCUGUGUGAAUGACCACUUUUUUUUGCUGAGUUCCAAAAAAGAAAACAACCAUUUGCAUCAGAAAAAUAUUACCAUCUAUUUAUGUAUGAAAAAAAAAUUAUUUGUCAAGAUGUUGAGUACUAUUUAUUUAUCUGAGUAUUUUGAGGUAGUUGAGUUUAAUACGUAUGACUUUCUGUAUUUCAUGUAGAAGACAAAAACCUAUGUUUUUGUACCCAUUUGUUGCAGCGCAUUCAGUGAAAAAAAUUCACUGAACUUUGUCCAUUGCCAAAAGCAGAAUAUUUUAAACUAAAAUAAAACUCUGUUGUGAUUACCAUCACCAGAAUUUUUUUUUUUUUUUGCUGCAUUUUAGUCUGAUUAGUCAAGCCAGACCUGCUCACUUUCUCCCGGACUUUGUACAGAUAUCAGCUACUGACAGAGAGCAGGAUUCAGCACCAGGGACAGCUCCACUGUACUCUGGUUUAAAGAGCUGUCCCAGUUCUGACCCAACAUGAUUCAUGUUCAAGGCAAAAGUCCUGACACUGACAGAAAAUGUGUGUUUUUUUGUAAGCUUUACUACUCUUCCAGCUUAAAUCUUUUUUGGCAGAUGUUUUUUUUAAUUGUAUGGGGAAGUUUAUUUACCAACAUUUUAGUCGAAAAAUGCACCUAGUUUAUCAACCUUUCUUACCCAAGGUUUCCUAAAAUUCACUCUGGCACACUAGAUAUCAGCUUCUGGGCCAAAUCGUGACUGAUGGUGACCCAUUUUUUCUUUAUCACGGCUUGGCACUGCCCACUUAUCAGCUACUUCAAGAUAUCGCUGUGCUGAAAAAAGAACCGUUCAAGACCAAACGUCUCUUGGAUCGAUGGGAUAUAUACCUAAACUUGUCGCAAAUAGAAGCAAAAUUGUGUUUGAUUGAUCAUUUCUUUGCUGUAACAAUGUUUCUUGGUAAUAAAUCUUAGAUUAUGGAAAAAG